AUGAUAAUUCAAAGACAAUUGAAACAUGUUAAAACACAAUACCAAACAACUGUAACUGAUGGGAUAUUAACUGUCUCACCAUCAAGUACACCAAUUGAGAGAUAUGCAUUAGUACAUGCAGCCAAAUUAGCAAAACUUCAACCAAUUGCAUUAGUUAAUUCACCAAUGGCAUUUGCCAGUUCAUUAGCUGUGAAUAGGGAUUUAUUUGAAGUACCAACAAAUGUAUUAUUUAUUGAUAUUGGAGCUACAUCAGUAGAUAUUGGAGUAUUUAAUUUUAGUUCAGAGUCAAACACAACAGGAGCAAUCAAAGCAUUAGGAUAUUACACAUCACCAUAUUUUGGAGGACAUAAUUUUGAUAAAGUAAUUGCUGAUAUUGUUUUCAAAAGAAUUCAAAAUCAAGUAAACGUCUCUGAUGAAAAAGGAGGAUUAUAUCGACAAAUUUUACAACAAUCAGAAAAAGCAAAAAUAGUUUUAAGUGUAAAUAAAGAAACUAAUGUUAAAGUUAUUUUACCAGGAGGAAUUGAUUGGUCAACACCAAUUACAUUAAAAGAAUUUGAAGAAGCAAGUGAAGAAGUAAGAAAGAGAUUAGAUAAUAUUCUUGAAGAAGCAAUUGAAUUUAUUGGAAUCAAAAAAGAAGAUAUAAAUAUGGUACAAUUACUUGGAGGAGGAAUGAGAGUUCCAAUGGUAUUAAAAACUAUUACAGAAUAUUUUGGAGAAGAAAAAAUUAAUAGAAAUGUAGAUGCACAAGAAGGUGGAGCAUUUGGAGCAGCAUAUUAUGCAUUAAUGCAAGGACUUGGAAGAAUGAAAAAGCAAUAUAAAAUUAAAGAUUUUGUACCAAUUGAUUGGUAUAUUAAUUCACCAUAUCUUGAUAAAGAAUUUAAAUUAUUUAGUCAUAAAUGGAAAGUAGAUUCAAUGAGAACAGUUUCAUUUAAUAAAGUUAAUAAUACUAAAGAAUUUAAUUUUACAAUUUCAUAUUCAAUGAUGGGAAGUAAAGAUAAAGUUGCAUAUAUGGUAGGUAUUGGAAAUCAAUUUAAUUUAAAUCAAACAUUAAAUGAAAGGGGAAUUGAUAUUAGUUUAACAUUUAAAUUAAAUUCAUAUGGAUUAGUUGAUAUUUCUAAAAGUGAAAUGAAAUACACUGCAUGGACUAAUUGUACUGAAAAGAAAUAUAAAGUUAUUAAUGUUACAGAAGAAGUAAAUGAAACAGAAAAUAAUUCAACAGAAAAUAUACCAAAAACAGAAAAGGAAAGUAUUAAAGAAGAAAUUGAAAUUGAAGAAGAAAUUAUUGAAAAUGGUAAAGAAAAAAUAAAUGAAGAAAGGAUUGAAAUUAAAGAAGAAGAAAUUAAUAAUAAUGAAACAGAAAAUCAUAACGAAACAAAGAAAACAAAAAUAACACCAAAAGUUGAAUGGGAAGAGCAUAUUUUUGAAUGUGCUAAGAAUGAAACAAGUAGAUUUAAUUUCUUUAUAUUAUAUCAUCCAUUAAUUAGUUUUAUGAGUAGAAAUUAUCAACGAUCAAAAGAAAUAUUAAAAUGGUUUGAUGAUAUUGAUGAAUCAUUUAAACAAAUUGGUGAAAUGAUUAAUAACUUUGAAUCAACUUUAUAUUCAUUAAAAAAAGAAGUUAUUGAAAAUGAAAGUCUUGAAAAUGAAAAGAAAGAAGAAUUUUUAAAGAAAAUAAAUGAACAACAAGAAUUUUUAGAAUUUAAUACUAUUGAUGAUAUUGAAUUAGACGAAUUCACUAAAAGAGCAGAAGUUAUUAAAUCUAUUACUGAAUUCCUUCAUCCUGAAUUAUAUGAAAAAGUUAAAGAUAAACAACUUAAUGAAACU